AUGCGCGACCUGUUGAAGCGGUCACGCAAACAAACAUGUCCCUUCUCCAAGGAUUUCACAAUGGCGCCCGAGCAGAAGAAGAAGGACAACAAGCCAACCGCCGUCCAAGGACCGCGGCUUGAGCGCAUCCCCCAGCCCUCGACCGUCCCCGUCGUAGGCAACCUUACCAGCUUGGACCUGGAAGGCCCCUCGCGCUCCUUUGCGCAAUUGGCUUCCCGCUAUGGCUCCAUCUACAGACUGUCUUUCCCGGGGCAGGACUUGAUCGUGGUUUCGAGCUGGAGGCUCGUAAACGAGGCUUGCGACGACUCGAGGUUCAAGAAGUCGAUCCAAGGCGACCUCGAGGAACUACGGAAUGUGGCGCUUCAGCAGAGUGUCAAAGGAGACUCUCCUCCUCUUGAGUUCUUCGUCGAAAACAAGGCACCUGCAGCGGAGGAAAAUACAGCCCCCGGCCUUUGGCUGAAUUUCGGCGAGAUCCCGCGAAUGCGCGCACCACCGGGCGACACCUCCAGCACGGCAGCGUUUGAUACUCUGAGGCAUUGGGUGUCUCGGUGCAAGGCAGAACACACGCAAUGCAAACCGGCGGCAGACAGCUUGAAGACGCUGCCGGACCGAGUACUUGAGAUCGAGAGCACCGAACCCCUACGCGUCCGACUCGUGGAGAACUGCACCCUACGUGCGGAUUAUGCAUGCCUUAGCCACAGGUGGGGCCCACAGACGAGGCCAAACUCCCUCGUCAAAGACAAUCUGGACCUCUACAAGGCAGAGGUGCCGGAAGAUAAACUCUACCCUCUGGUGCGAGAUGCUAUAGUUGCGGUAAUCAAACUCGACAUCAACAUCCGCUUUAUCUGGAUCGAUUGCUACUGCAUUAUCCAGGACGACCCAGGGGACUGGGAGGUACAGGCAGCCAAAAUGGGGCGCAUCUACGAGAACGCGCUCCUCACAAUUUCCGCUACCUUCUCCGAGGAGGGUCGCGGUAUAUUUUCCACCACGCCCAGUGAAUUUGAAGCAUUCCCAAUCACCGAGAUAGGAGGCGAGCCUGUAUAUAUCCGGAAGCCACUUCCACACCCAUGCGCCAUUGACGUUUCAGGCCAGGAACAACUCCACGGCCUAUCCCUCACGAGGGCGUGGGUCUUCCAAGAGCGGUUGUUGUCGAACAGAUUUAUCCACUUCACCAGCAGCGAGAUAUUCUGGGAGUGCCGCGAGAGCACGUGGUGCGAGUGCGACUCGGGGAAAUCCAAGUGGGAAGGGCACCGGAGGGCAGGACCCCGGACGAUCCUCGACCAGGCCUGGGACACCAUCGCCGAGCAGUACAACGAGAUGCAGCUGAGCUUCGAGAAGGACAGGCUCCCGGCGAUAGCCGGGAUAGCCCAGCGGCACGCGGAGCUGCGUGGGGGCUGGACGUACCUGGCGGGCCUCUGGAGGGAGAACCUGCCCUCUGCCCUGGCGUGGCGCAAGAGCGAGUGUGAUGAGCCCAGGCCGCUCGAGCAGUUCGCCCCCACCUGGUCGUGGGCUUCGCUGCCCCGCGGGAGGGAACUCACCACUGCCCCCACCUGGACGUGGGCCUCGCUGCCCGUUGUGGGAGAACCCACCGGCGGCCCCAUCACCGAUUCUGCUGGAUCUAUGCGUCUCGUGCGAUACGAGAUCAAUCCAGCCGCGGCGGACGCGUACACAGGUGCCAGGUGGACUGAGAUCACGGUUGAGGGUUUUACGCUGGACCUGACGGUCUACAAUGAAUCGGACGGAGGCCUGGUUGGAAGGCACGAGGACGUUUUCCUCGAAAUGAGGGCAGACUUCAAGACUGACCCGGACGACGACACCAAGUUCCGCGCCGUGCCGGACGGCUCGAGGUGUCUGCUUCUCCUCCUGUUUGACGAUGGCAAAACAGACGACUGGGCUGACCUGUUCGGCAUUGUGCUGAUGCAGAAGAGUAGCGGCGCUGGUGCGGGGGGCGCAAAGUUUGAACGCAUCGGAUGCUUCGACUUUGGCAGUGGUUCUUACGUGGACGACACUGGCAUCUACGAUGAGUACUGCGGCGGUAGCUUCCUGCACUUCACUUAUGGCAACCCGGUGUAUGUAGCGAACCCAGCUCCAUUUCAGUGGGUUCUGGACAAAGCCAAGACGAGACAGGUUACACUUGUUUGA